AUGAGGCGAUGCAGCGGCACAGAGGUCAUGCAUGUUAUGUGGCUGUAUUCACUGCUUCAGUGUGUAAUCGCUGUGCUGGUGGUCGGUGUGAGCGUGAGGUUGAGCUUGGCUGCUGGUUCAUUUGCAGCUGUGGCAGGAACUAGAAGAUGGAGCACAUCUGCAUGCCUGAAGCUCUGCCUCGGCUUGGUUGGGUCAGUGGGCAGUAUUGCAGAAACUCCAGUGUUUGUGCUGUUGAACCUGAGAAGUUCCCAGUGCCUGUACACCUGCAUUGCAAUGGUGUCCUGUCCCAUACUGGUCAGGCAGUUCACUGUGUGCAUUCUGCUUCUACUCACCCUUAAUAAUCAUCUGCAGCUCCGCCUGGGGAAUAGAUAUGCAGGCUUAGUGACUCACAGGCGGGUUUUGUGCUUGGUGCUGCUCUGCUGGGUCAUUUCAGUGAUCACCGCCUUCGGCCAGUUCAUUGUUUCCAACUCUUCUGAUACCUGGGGAGCUGCUGCGGACGACGAUACAGCCGGACUCGGGAUGGAUGAAUGGCCUGAAGGAAAUGACACCACCCCCGCCCUCCCUCCCAAACGCCCCUACCCCCAGGACCGCUCUGUUAUCGGUGAGUUCUUGCCUUAUGGAGGUUUUCUGUCCAAGUUCCUGGUGGAGGACAAUGAAAACUUCACAUACGCCGAGAUCCAUGGCAGCCACUGGGGCGUCUGUGCCACUGACACCACACUCAGUCCGGUCUUCCUAGUGUAUGUUUAUGCUGUCACCGUGUUUGUUAUUCCUUUGUUGGUUCUACUGGCCGUGUAUCUGGACUUGAUGUGCUUCAUGCCACAGCAGGUUUCUGCGUGCUCCACAUUUUCUCAGAAAGGAAGCUCUGUUUGGUCUCGCUCUUUGGCUCUUUCUAUAUCCCUGCUGAUAAUGCUUUGCCUGCCCCUGCAUAUCACCCACGCUUUGUUACUCUUCGCCCCGAGCGCCACUAGACCUGACUGGACCUCUCUGAUGGCCUCUGUUCUCUUCCAGAUCUAUAGCGUAGUGCCCCCACUCCUCUUCACCAGCACCUCUCAGCAGGUAGGCUUCGAGUGCGCCUUGUUAUCCGCACCCAACCUGACCUCCAGAGUCAUCACCUCUCGAGUCAAAUCUGUGCGGAGCGCUUUCUGUUCCAUGGAAGAUUUCCAUCACAGUGGGCUGACACUCAAAAGCAAAGCGUCUCCAGGGUUGUCAUGUGAAGAGGGCACUUACAGCUAAAGCUAUCUCUAGAGUCAUUGCUUGGGCCAUAUCUAUAUUCAGCAGUUAGGUUAAACUCAUUCAAUAUUAGCUCAUGGCUAUCUGCUGCAUUUGCAUCAGGGUCGUUCAUAUCGUUUCAGGCAAUGAAGGAAGUGAGUAACUGCA